GUGGCAGCCUCCCAGCCACUGCUGUGCUGUCAGCUGCAGACACAGGCCACACCAUGAAGCUAUCCCUCCUGCCUUGCGCCUUGCUGCUGCUGGCGACAGCCCCCGGCCCAGGCCCCUGGCCUGCAGCAGGUGCUCAGAAUAGCUGCCUCCAACGCUGUGGGGACCGGGGCGGGCAGUGCUCCUGCCACCCAACUUGCUUUGGCCUGGGCACCUGCUGCUCGGACGUGCGGGACUUCUGCCUGGAGAUCGCACCCUACUCAGGCUCCAUGAUGGGUGGCAAGGACUUCGUUGUGCAACACCUCAAGUUGUCUGACCCCACCGCCAGCGUGAUCUGCAGGUUUAAGGAGAUUGUCGAGACCAUUGGCCACUUGGACUCCUAUGGACGUGUGCACUGCGUGUCACCCUUGCUCUAUGAAACGGGACGCAUUCCCUUCACAGUCUUCAUGGACAAUGCCUUCACCUUCCCACGCUCGGGCACCUGGCUGGCUGUGCACCCCAGCAAAGUGUCGGAGAUGGAGAAGAGCCAGCUGGUGAACGAGACUCACUGGCAAUAUUAUGGCACCACUGACACCAGGGGUAACCUCUCCCUGACCUGGAACGCCACAGUUCUGCCCACACGCUUUGUCACCAUCGAGCUGUGGGGAUACGAGGAGACAGGGAAGCCAUACUCAGCGGCAUGGACGGCAAAGUGGUCAUACCUGUACCCCCUGGCCACAAACAUUAGCAACUCCGGCUUCUUCACCUUCAUCCCCAAACCCGCUCUUGAGAAGUACCAGAAAUGGGACGUGGGCGCGCUUCGAAUCAUCAGCAGUGACCACCGCCCAGGGGAGAUGAAUGUGCACGCGCUCUGGAGCAAUGAGCAUGCCCUGGCCUGGCAUCUGGGCAAUGACUUCCGGGCGGACCCCGUGGCCUGGGCCCGCACUCAGUGUCUGAACUGGGAGAUGCUGGAGGACCAACUGCCCAACUUCCUGGAGGAACUGCCUGACUGCCCCUGCACCCUGGACCAGGCCCGGGCUGACUCCGGACGCUUCCAUACUGACUACGGCUGUGACAUUGACCAUGGCAGCGUGUGCACCUACCACCCAGAGGCUGUGCACUGUGUGCGUUCUGUGCAAGCCAGCCCCCGGUAUGCCUCAGGUCAGCAGUGCUGCUACACCAAGGAGGGCACGCAGAUCCUGACAGCUGACUCCACCAGCGGCAGCACCCCAGACCGUGGCCACGAUUGGGGUGCACCCCCAUUCCGAGCACCGCCCCGUGUGCCUGGCCUCUCCCACUGGCUGUACGAUGUCAUCAGCUUCUACUACUGCUGCCUCUGGGCACCCGAGUGCUCCCGCUACAUGCACCGACGGCCCUCCAGCGAUUGCCGCAGCUACCGGCCCCCACGCUUGGCCUCUGCUUUCGGGGAUCCGCACUUUGUCACCUUCGAUGGCGCCAACUUCACAUUCAACGGGCAUGGCGAGUACGUGCUGCUGGAAGCCAUGCUAACCAACCUGAGUGUGCAGGCACGGGCUCAGCCCAGGACAAGGCCCGACGGCACGCAGGACCGAGGCACAGGGCUGACUGCUGUGGCCGUCCAGGAGGGUAACUCAGACAUAGUGGAGGUUCGACUUGCUGGGGGGACAGGGACCCAGCAAGUGCUGCUGAACCAGGAGGUGCUCAGCUUCGCCGAGCAAAAGUGGAUGGACCUGAAGGGCAUGUUCCUGUCAGUGUCUGCCAAGGACAGCGUAACGAUCAUGUUGUCAUCGGGGGCAGGCCUGGAGGUCAGUGUCCUGGGUCCCUUCCUGAGUUUGAAUGUCCUGCUGCCCGAGAAGUUCCUUACCCACACUCAAGGCCUCCUCGGAACACUCAAUGACAAUGCUGCAGAUGACUUCACUUUGCGCAAUGGGCAGGUCCUGCCCCCCACUGCAAGUUCCCGAGAGCUGUACCGGUUUGGGGCUGACUGGGCUGUGAAGAACGCCUCCUCCCUUUUCACCUAUGACUCCCGGCUCCUGGUCAACAAAUUCUUGUAUGGGCCCAAGCAUGACCCCACCUUCCAGCCCCUCUUCCCUGAGGAGACCACCCCCAGCCCCAGCCUGGAGACUGAAGCAGCCAAAUUGUGUGGGGACAACCAUUUCUGCAGCUUCGACGUAGCAGCCACUGGGAGCCUGAGUGUGGGCAAUGCUACACGGGUAGCCCACCAGCUGCACCAGCAUCGCAUGCAGAAUCUGCAGCCAGUGGUGUCCUGUGGCUGGCUAGCCCCGCCCCUCAAUGGGAGCAAGGAUGGCACCAAGUACCUGAUGGGCUCCAUGGUCUACUUCCACUGUAAAAAUGGCUACAGCCUGGCCGGAGCAGAGGUCAGCACCUGCCUGGCGGAUGGCACCUGGUCCAGCCCACCCCCGACAUGCCAGCCAGGACGGAGCCAUGCUGUGCUGCUGGGCAUCAUCUUUGGAGGCCUGGCAGUGGUAGCUGUGGUUGUGCUCCUCUACAUGCUGCUGCGUCGGAGGAAGUGCAACAUGUGAGAACCCCUCCACCAGGACCCAGGGUCCUGCCAGCAGAACCCUGGUCUGUGCCCCUCUUCAAUUCCCCUGGGUCCCUGGGGCAUCUGUGAGACUACCGUGCCUGCUCUAUACUUGGUCUCAUUUGCAAGGCCAUCUGGAAUUCACCCUGAGGGGAAUGCUCUUAGCCAGCAACUCAAGUGCACUGGGCCACCCUGAGACAAAAGACCAGUCUCCCAGGAGAAAGCUCUGAACUCCCAAGAGCAUGCACCCCAGUACUUCAAUCCCCAAAUCCCUAGUACCUGGGACCUGGACACCUGAAACCUGAGCCUUUAAUGCCUGUGGACCUGAGGCCUGGUCCUCUGCUCUGUCACCUCAGACCUGGACCCUGAGCUCUAACUAUGCAGUUCCCGAGGCCCUAUUCCCCAAGUACUCGCAGCUCUAACUCCCCAGACUUGAGACUCCAUAGCCUUGAAUUCUAAUACCUGUCCACCGAGCCCUAGUACUGCAGCACCUAAUACUCAAUUGCCAAUACCCCAGGUCCUAUGUCCAAUGCCGUGCCCCUGAUCCCUGAUGUCCUGACACCUGGUGCCCCAACCAGAGCCCCAGUACCCAGCUGCCUUGAUUUCUGGACCCUGGGCCCAGCUAAGACAGCAGGCGGGCCCAGCCCAGGAUGUGGAGAGGCCCCAGUACCCCAAAUCUGAGAGUCAUCCUCUGAACUCCAGACUUGUUAUUUUAACUCAUUUGGAAUGUCACUUGAAACACCCCUCCCUGCCUGAACAAGGAGAAAACAAGCCUGUGACGCCCACUCCCUGGUAUCCUGGUGGCUAAGCUGUGCCUCAGUUCUAGGGUUCCACAGUUACCUUUGGAGUCCAGAGUGACCUGAGUCAGAGUCCUUCAUCCACUGCCAGGUCACCUGGGACAGAUCCCUCCCUGGCCUCUGUCUUUCCAUCUGAAAAAUGGGGUUGAGGACAGUCACCGCUUCGUGGGGUGGGGAGGAAAGGUGUGGUGUUUGGGAAAGGUGCACCAUGGAGUGCCACACUGGGUGCCCAGGAGAUGGACGGAGCCAGCCUGCCCUCCCCCAGAGUAGGUGCCUGGCCUUGCACCUCCCUGAAGCCAGUCACUGGUAGUGGCAGGCCCAAGUCCUCUGGCUGAGGCCCAUGUUCUGGGUCCUUGGGCCCUCCACACAGUAGUGUCCAGAAGGUAGGUAUGGAGUGUAGGCCUCAUGCCACCUCUGCCCGCCUGAGCCCCUGCCCCUCUUACAGGGCCAGGUAGCUGGUGCAGAAACACAGGCUAGGAGCUGGCUUGAGGACAAAUGACCCAAAGUUCGUGGCGAGGGAGCUGAAUGCCAUGGGAGAGAGUCUAGAAAGGGUAGGGUGGGGUCAUUUGCUUUGUAGGUGUCAGACAGAGAAAGCACUGGGGAGGGCGGGGUUAGAGGUUAGUGCCCUCUGGACCAAGCAGGCAGCUCAGCCUGAGGGGCGGGGGCAGGAUGGUACUGUGCCCACAGGAUGAAGAGCUCUGGGUGAGAGGUGAUGGGUUAAGUGGAGGCCCUCUACACUGGCCUGCAGCACCAAGAGUGACCACGUGGGGGCAGCCGAGGGUAAGAACAGUGAGCAAAGGUGAAGGCUGCACCAGGACCCAGACCAUGGGAAGGGCAGUCAGCUCCAGCUCUGCAGCUGGGCCUGCAGGCUUGUGUUCACACCCUCAACCAGAGUUCAGGCAGGCCCCCCUCUGCACGUCUUUUCAGCCUGGAGGUCUUUGAGUCAUCCCCCAGUCUCAGAAACUCAAGUCUUAGAGGGGUUGCACAGGUCACCCUAGGUCGUCCAGCUGGCACUGACCACUGAGUCGGAGCCCAGGUCUUCCCACCCCUCAACUUUGCCUGUGAUAGAGGGUCCCUGGCAGCGGUGGGGAGCUGAGUGGCAGGGGCAGAUCCUGUUUACAGGGUUUCAGGGAGUAGGGUGAGUAUGCACCAUGGGCAUCCUGAGGAAUUGGAAGACUCCCAGGGACGGUGCCCAGAAGACUAAAGGAGGAGGAGGGGUGGCUGCUUCCUUCCCUUCCAGACCCAAGAACUCGCGAUUCCCUCCCUAUGUCGGCUUCCAGCUCAGGGUGGGGCUGAGGGCCAGUGCCUUAGCUACUGGGCAGGAACUUUCUUCUCUGCAGACGAGGUAAGGCAGGGCUGGCCUCUCGCUGACCGGAGUCCUCCGUGCAUCCCUGUGCUGAGCCAGGCCCAGCUGGGCAGGAGCAGUUUCAUAGCUCCCAUAACAGACCUCAGGGAACCAGGGGAAUUCUCAGAGAUGUGAUUGGUCAGAGAGGGCGUUCCAGGGAGAGGAACGGCCUGAGCAAAGGCUUAGAGCAAGAGAAGUCCAGUUGGGUAUGAGGAAUAGUGAUAAGGGGGUGGCAACCAAGGCUCCUUCCCCAUCAGGUCAUGACAUUUAGGCUUCAUCCUAAGAGGAAAGCAUGGCCUCGCCUACUCCCAUCCGUGUCCCUCUCGGAUGGGCCAUAGAACUGCCAUUGCCACUCCCUGGAAGGAGAAGGGGUGCAUUGUCUGGCUCUUACCCCACACAUCAGGCCUUCCCAGUGCCAGGGGCAGGCCAGGCUGGAAAGUCCCAACACCUGACAGGGUUUUCCCAGGCCCCUAAAGGAGUCAGAGAUUCUAUUGGGCUUGUGAGAGUGGAAGAUCCCAGAGCCCAGCACAAAAUCCUUAGAGACAUCAAAGGCAGGGACCCCCACCUCUGGAAGGUGGUCUCCCCAGUUCAGCCCCAAGGAGUCAUGGCAUCAAAACUCAAUGGCCAAUCCCCUACCCCCUGUACCUGUCCGGGUUUGGGAAAUGGUGAUCCAGGGACUCGGAAACACAAAUGAUGGGAGAGCUAGGAAGUCAGAUGAGAGAUGGUGAGGCAGCCACAGGAUCCCAGCAGCACCCCUGGGCCGAGGGACAAAGGACAGGGGUGCUGCUGAGCCAGGCCCAUGUCCCACACAGCAGGAACCAUGCAAACCCAUGGGGCUCUAGCUGGAGCCAGAGACAACAGUCCAGCCACAGACUCCCCUGUAGGCCUGAGGUGGGGGAAGCAUCUCAUCUGUCUCCAGCCUCCCACUAGGGCCUCCCAUUGACUGAGCGCAGUGGGGAAUGCUGACAGAGAUGAGGGGCCAAUAAAGCACAACAGGGUUGGGACCCCUCCUUGGCCAAGCUGGUUCCUUCUGUAAGUCCCAGGAUGGCCGAGUGCCUGCCCUGAGCCACCUGUUUUCACGGGGUUCAUGGCUUGAUGCUGCCUGGGGAAGUGGGGGGGGUGUCAGUGCAGUGCAUCGUGAGUGUGGGAGGUCAGGGGUUCUUCCUGGAAAAGUCUAGCUCAAGCUGAACUUCAAAGGAUAAACAUUAGGGACGUGGGAUUGAAUAGGUGCCUGCAGCUGUUCAGCAGCCCACAUUGCCCGACUCCUCUCCUGGGUGGCUCACUGGACUACAUUUCUCAGUCUCCGUUGUGCUUGUGUGACUAAGUUCUAACCAGUGCAAUAUGAGCAGAAGGAGGUGGGGCACUUCCAGGCUUGGCCCAUAAUCCCUCCCUCAGGCACCCCUCCAAGCUCUUAGCCCUGCUUGGGAUGGUGCAAGGAUGAUUUUGGAAGCUGCGCCAACCUGAGUCCCCAGAAUGUGGGAGGGCCCCCUGACCUGUUUACCUAUCCAUAAGUACUGCUGCAAGAAGAAAUAAACUCAUGAUUAAGCCAUAGUA